CUGGGGUUCUUUAGCUACUAUACAGUGAGCAUGGGAGAAAUCACUACGACAGGUCCUGUCCCGAUCGAUAGCCUCUUCAUCUACCGACCUGACAAACGGCUUGAGGUCUGGAGAUUCUUCUUCUAUAUGGUCCUUCACGCGGGGUGGAUCCACCUUCUCUUCAAUCUGCUGGUUCAGGUGCUGGUAGGACUACCAUUAGAAAUGGUACAUGGCUCCCUGCGAAUAGGAACAGUCUACAUGGCAGGAGUGCUAGCAGGUUCACUUGGAACAUCAGUGUUCGACACAGAUGUAUAUCUGGUUGGAGCGUCUGGCGGAGUGUAUGCUUUACUUGCAGCUCAUCUUUCCAACGUUCUUUUGAACUACAAUCAAAUGGAAUUUGGCCUGGUAAGGUUGGCUGGUAUAUUUAUCAUUGCCAGUGCAGAUGUGGGAUUCGCCAUCUAUGAUCGCUACGCUGCAGAACAACAAGGCCUUCCCGUUUCUUACGUCGCCCAUUUAACAGGCGCUUUAGCAGGUCUUACAAUAGGACUUUUGGUUUUAAAGAACUUUGAGCAAAAGCUACACGAACAGUUACUUUGGUGGGUAUCUUUAGGAGUAUAUGCUGCGUGCACGUUGUUUGCUGUGCUUUUUAAUGUAUUUAACUACUGAAGAAAUUGUGCUGAUAUAGCGUCAUCUGGUGAUACAAAUAGUCUCUAUUCUUUCCUCAGGGAUUUCUUGUUGUAGCGCCAUCUCCCGGUGAGAACAAAACUCAUUGUGAACAUUGCGUAGCACCUGCCAAAAUGUGUACAAAGUAACUAAGGAUGCGCUUUCUGUGACUUUUGGUUGAAGAUCCACCAGAGAGAUGGUAAACAGACGAGCUUUUGAAUAGUCAGUCACGUUAAGAGGCUUGUCUCAGUAAAGUCAUGCGAAGUUUCUAAUA